AUGCGUCUCUGGUCUCAGGAUUUUGAUGCAGGCCCUGGGUGGAAGAAGGCUCAUGUGCCAAUUCUUGUGUCCACUAAUUUUCGUGUAGUAUUUGAAGCCGUACGCAGCAAGGUUGAUUACUACUAUGGAAUUGAUGACCUCACUAUAUAUGACAAUGCAUGUGAGCCAGACGACUCCUGUGAUUUUGAAGAGGAUGUCUGUCUCUGGAGCAAAGAGGGAGGUGACUCUGAUUCCAAAUUUUACUGGACAAGAUAUCGAAGUUACGAGAAAACUGCAAGUUUUGCUCCAGCAAUUGAUCACACAAGACAGUCAGCUACUGGUUACUACAUGUUUGUCCAGGCAUCAUUAGACAAUGCAGGAUCUGUAGCUCGACUGUACAGUCAGGUAUUUGCAAGCUCAAGCAGUUCUUAUUGCUUUAAUUUUUGGUAUUACAUGUUUGGAAACAACCUUGGACAGCUGAAAGUGUUUGUUCGCAACAGCAUAUCUAGCAGCAGCAUAUACAAUGAAGCUGACUUGUGGGAACUAGAUGGUCCAACUAAUGAUGGCUGGAAUCUGGCACAGGUCAACAUAUCUCGAGAUUAUACUAGAAAACCUUUUGUGGUCAUUAUACAAGCCACUAUAGGAUCCACUUUACAAGGAGCUUUUGGAGUGGAUGACACCCAGUUUGAGAUGUCUGACUGUGGGACACAUCCUAGUGCUGCCAUAGUUACAGCAGAUGUUUUGAUGUUGCCCGACUGUAACUUUGAUGAUGGCACUAUGUGUGACUGGUCCGUAGUGGGUUCAUGGAAGUACACAUUUGUGGUGACAGAAACUGGUGGAGCCAUACCUUUCGAUCACAACGGUGGCAGCCAUCAUGUUUACAUGGAUGCCUCUGGUCAGAAGUUCAAUACUACAGCACAGUUAGCCAGUCCCACUUUUAUCAGCGACCAACACAUAUGUCUCAGCUUCUACUAUGCCAUGUAUGGCCGAGAUGUGAACAGGCUGAAUGUCUAUGUGGCCCAGGGACAGACUCAGAAGCUCUACUGGACUCUGUCUGGAAACCAAGGUGAAGGCUGGCAUCAUCAGACUAUGGAGAUAGGUCAAGGUCCCCAGCCAACUCAG